AAUGAACACUACAUCUAUUAGACAGAAACCCUCUUUUCGAAGUUGACACUCUCCCACGAACUGCAGAUAGAUAUAUCAGAGCAGUGGGAAGCACGCAGAUCUAUUUUCUCAUAUGCUGCUCGCAUUGAGCGAGAACGCGCCAAACAUACGCGUUUGCAAACCACCAAGGGCGCCUGCAGAUAUGGAUAGCCAAGGACCAAAAACGACAAUCCCAACUCUGCAACCUCCUCCUACUCGUCGCAUCCUCGGCGAUGUCUCUCCCAAUCUUCGCACUACUAUGGCUGGUUCUGCGGACAGUGCUGCAACCGACAAUUUUUCGCUGAAACGCAGUGUGUCCGCGACGCUCGAUAACGGUCCGGGCUUCACAUAUCUGAAGAAGAGGAAACUGUCAAGUGAUGGAACGCUCUCUGGUGCGAGGAAACCGAGCCUCGAGAUGACUCCAGUACAGAAGACCACCACCACCACUCAUGCUACUCUGAUUGCGCCAAGUCGAGAGCAGACCAGUCAAUCCCUCAAGCCGGCGGGCUUGUAUGCUCCAACCAGGCCUGGCGACGAUGAUGAGGGCAGCGAGACAUCAGCAGAACGCAAAUCCUUUUCUUCACUGAUCAACUACGACCCAUCUUCCCAGACUGCUGCUGGCUCGCAAGAUCAGCAAAAACUACUGUUUAGCAGUCCUUCAUAUGCCGAGCAGUUGAAGUUACGACUGCGAUUGGCUACGUAUAAAAUUCGAACGAACCAGGUCCAUGUGGCUUUCAAAGACCUGCGAGGAUCCGAUCCGAACCAGAAUAUUCCCAAUUGCUCCGAGGCGGAAGAAGCAGUAGCAGCGUUGCGUGCUGAAGCACAGCUGAGAAUGGCACCAGACAACCGGUACUACCCUGCUCGUCCUCCUCCACGGUUGGCACUGUUCCCAGCACCGAUGCUUCGCCCGACGGAGUACAGUAGCCGGCUGGUUUAUGAACGAGAACGACGCAUGCGCAGCUCACCUCCGGCAGAUGCUUCUCCUCGGCCGGCGCCCACAGGACUGGCCACUCCGGCAGCUGGUCCACGCGGAGAUGUUGCAGAGGAAGAAUUGACGAGUAGCAUGAUCAAAGGUCGCGUCGCUGCAGGACUGUUAGAUCUCAGACAUGCCGUUUGAACUUGAAAAGAAGUGUGUUCAAGAGCUCAUACAGGUACAUGUACUUUUAUAUUUACAGCAUGCUGGAGAAGCAUGACAGGCAUUGUGAUGACGUAAGCGCGGCAGCAUUCACAUCUACAAUGAGGCUCUGUUGGGAUCGUUGCAUUUCUGCAAAACACAUCAUCAUACCUUAACAUCAUAUUCAC